UUGCUUGCAUUACUUCAUAGCAAGGGGGGAGCAUGACCACAUUGGCCAAUUUGACCCAGACACUGGAGGAUGCCUUCAAAAAGAUUUUUCUUACUUACAUGGACGGUUGGAGGAGAAAUAGAACAGCCGAGGAACAGGCCCUCCAGGCCAGAGUGGAUGCCGAGAACUUCUACUACGUCAUCCUGUACCUCAUGGUGAUGAUCGGCAUGUUUUCCUUCAUCGUGGUGGCCAUCCUGGUGAGCACGGUGAAGUCGAAGCGACGGGAGCACUCCCAGGAUCCGUACCACCAGUACAUCGUGGAGGAUUGGCAAGAGAAGUACAAAAGUCAGAUCUUGCAUCUGGAAGACUCCAAGGCCACCAUCCACGAGAACAUGGGGGCGACGGGGUUCACAGCAUCACCCUGAUAAACAACGAGGGUCCAUCUGAUGGGGUGCUUCUGC